AUGUCGACCGAUGGCUCUUUCCCAGGGCCUUCCGGCUCUGGCGAUGCGAAUCCACGAAACCGCCGCGGCUCAAUUACACAAGCCGCCUUGUCCAAUCUCUUCCAGCGCUCUGGCCCCAGUGUCACUGGCCCGCCAUUUCCUGGCCAGCCAAACCCAGCCGUCUCAGACCCUCAACGUCGUAGACUAUCUGUCUCGACUCUAGGACUCUCAGGGACUUCACCAAAUGUCUCUAAUGGUCUCAACAUUCGCCGGGGAAGCAUGUCGACCAAUUCAAACAACUCGGACUCAAUCGACGAGAGCGCUAUUGAGGACGAUGAUUUCGGACCGAAAACGGCGCCAACCACGCCGUUCACAAGGCGUAUGAGUUUUGGUAACUCCUCAAUGAGGGGCUAUCGCCCUGGUGGGAGCCCAGGUCAUGGUAAUACCAGCCCAAGUUCUCCCCCACCUCUAUCUGGUCGCAGAUUCAGCAGACCUGCGGCUCAGACCAAACAUUCUGCCCUCUCUGCAGCACUCGCAGGUCGCCGAGCAAGCGUCGAAGUGUCUGCCUCUUCCCCUUCGCAAGCAAGCCAUGCCCAGCAUAUAAGAUUUACUUCUGACACUGUCCCUCGCUUAGACCAGCAAGGCUUCAAUUGGCCUGAGCAACUUAGGUCCCGAGCGGAGAGCCAUGUAGCCGGAGGUCAGCGACCUUCAUUUUCUCUGGCAACUUCGCCACCUCAACAUGCAAGCUUCCACCACGACCGCGCCAAGUCUGUCUCCGACAUGCCACCACCCCCGAACAAUGCACCUGCCCCUAAGCCUGUGCAGGAGAGACCCAAGCCGGAUGCUUUCCAGGAACGCAUCCUCAAGGGUGAUUUCUACAUGGAUUGA